CACACUGGUCAUCUGACAACAGGCAAGUGAGUGCUGUAAUCCCACUGGACGUCUAACAACAGGCAAUUUCUAGAAUGAUUACCGAAAGAGAAAGUCAAAACGAGGACUCCACCUGUAAUGAGAACAUCAUACCUGAUGAGGACAAAGAUAAACAAGAGAUAUGUAAAGAAUCCAACAAAACAAAAACAAAGCCCAGUGAUGAGUUCAUCACGGAAGAAAGUCUUACCUUGUUUCAGAGGAUAUUUAGAAGACGCUCUAAGACGAAUAAAAUGAAAGUGGAUAUUGAGACUUGCACAGAACUGCUAAGUAAACAACAAGAAAGUGCAAAAUCCAUUAAGAAUGAAAAAAACGACGAAGACAUCUUUCAAACAGGGCAUAUGGAAGGUGUUGAUGACAAGGGAAAAAACGGGAGUGAAACUGAUGUAAAUGUACCCGUGAUUAUUCCAAAUCCUUCUGGUUCUAAAAAUAUGGUUAAUAUUAGAAUAAAAACUUUCCAUUGCUGGAAAUGGAUUCUUUUGGGAAUUCUUGUAGCACUCCUAGUGAUAAUUGCUGCUAUUCUUGGAAUCUUGUUCACGAUUCCUGAGCCCAAACUUUUCUUGGAGACUUCUGAUGCUCUGACCAUAACUGAAUGUGGCCAAGUUCUAGGGUUGAUACAAGAUGGUGUGUAUGUUUUUCAAGGUAUUCCUUAUGCCCUUCCGCCCACGGGCAAGCGUCGAUGGAGACCCCCCCAAUCACCAACUGGCAUUGAAGAUUGUUGGGACGGCAUUUACAUGGCCCACAACGUAAGCAAGUACUGUUACCAAAUAGAAUUUUUAUCUUCCCACCGGGACUUCAGUGAAGACUGCUUAUACCUGAAUGUGUAUACUCCAAGCUUGUCUUAUAACCAACUUCGCCCUGUUGUGGUUUACAUUCCAGGCUAUUCUCUACAGGGUUAUGGAAAGGAUUUUGAGUGGCAACCUAACCCUCAAUUAACUAGAGAAAAAGAUGUCAUAUUUGUCACCUUUAACUAUCGGUUGAGUGUGUUUGGCUUUCUGGCCUUAAAGGUGUUAUCUGACGUUGUUCGGCCUCCAACUUCUGGAAACUAUGGGUUAUAUGAUCAGAUUGCAGCCCUCAAAUGGGUGAAAAAAAAUAUCAUCCAUUUUGGUGGAGACCCAAAAAAGGUAACAGUCUUAGCUUACGGUUCUGGAGCUACGGGGGCUGUCCAUCUUCUGAGCUCUGUGAAAAGCCAAGAUCUCUUCAAACAGAUGUGGAUUACGGGACCGUCUGCAUAUUUCACGAACAAAACUCUGCAGCAAGUUGAGAUGGACAAUCUACAGUUUCUUAGUAAUUUGAACUGUGACACCAGGGAGUGCUUACAUCACAAAAUGCCCGAAGAUUUGUUGACCUCCCUACCAAAAUCGUGGUCAACCGACCAUCCAUCUGAUCUGCCUUCUUUGUCUGACCAUCCUUUCCCAUCUGUGGCUGUUAUUGAUGGUGUUGUUGUCUAUAAUGAUCCGUACAGAAUGUGGUCUGACGGAACAGCGAACGAUGUUCCUGUUGUUAUAGGGAGUUCAGAACAGGAAAUAGGGCUGUGGAGUGGAGAUCACCAGAGCUUGAGCACUUGGACUUGGGAAGAUUUUAGCAACUACGUCAGACAGAAGUUAGACACUAUAAACACCAAUCUUACAGAUUCAGUGUUGGAUUUUUACAUAACAAACACAUCUACGCCACAAAAGCAGUUCUACACAAUGGUCUCAGAUGUUCGAAGUGUCUGUCCUAUUCAGCAUCUGACCCAAACAAUAGCUGGCGUACUAGAAUCCAAUGUGUAUUCCUAUAUUGUUAACUAUGUGCCCAGUAAUGAUAUCCAACUUGCUAAUUCAACUAUUCCCAGACUCGCCUUCAGUGGAUUGGACAUUGUCGCUAUUUUUGAUCUAUUGGAUAACUACCUAAUAGAGCCCAGUGAACAGGAUAUCCAAUUUCAAAGGAUCCUCCAGGAACUGUUCUACACCUUUGUGCAUACUGGGAAACCUUUCAUGGGAUAUACAUCUUUGAAGGAAACACCCUACAUUAAUUUUCUUGGCAACAAAGUUGAUAUGAGGUUGGCACCUUACGAAAAUUGUCACGUGUGGAAGAACUUGCUGAAGUUUGGAAGAAUGAAUUAAACAGAAUUGUAUUCUAUAUUUUAAAUGUCGUAAGAAAGAAAUAUCUGGAUUUCUUGAUAUUCUGAAUUUUUGACUGUAUCAUUAAUCUAAGUUAUUGGUAUAAUGCAAUUUUUUAAAAAAAAUGAAACUACCUAACAUUACUUCUAAAUUUAGUCGUUUUUAGCUAAAACGAAAAAUUCUUUAUUCAAAUAUUAUAUUGCACAGAUUUCUAACCUAGAAAGAAGCUUACGUUCAAACUGAAAAAAAGAAAAAUCCAGACGAAACAAUAAAAGAAAAUUGAGCCUAAC